AGGUGACACGUCUCACGUCAACAAAUCGUCAGAGAGCGUAAUCGAGCAGCAAGCACCAAGCACCACCUAACCGCAGCCCGAGACACGCCGCCUCGCCUACUCGUCCAGCCCAACAAGGCCUAUCACCAAUUCACAGCGCAAAGACCACCAUGCAGCCGCUCCUGGACGACGAGCUGAUCAUGGUGCUGCAGAACGUGGACGUGGCCGACCUGUUAACCUGCCGCCUCGUGUGCAAACGGCUCGGAGGACUGGCCCUGCACCCGGACGUUUGGCGGCACCGGCGCCUGCGCUGCUCGUUGGACCCCUUGCACGCGCCGACGCUGCGCCUGGCGCCGUGCCUGGGAGAAGCGAUGCUCGUGCUGAGGGAUGGGAGUCCUACUCCGCUGUACACCGAGACCGAGUGCGCCAUGGCUGGCUUGCGUGUCUUUAUGAGCGGGGACGGCAAAGAGGUGCUCGCAAAGGCCCUGCUUGUGGUCCGCAACCAGCUCGCGCUCGGGCGGCUCCGCAGUGUGUCCUUGGUUCUUGAUUUCGAGGAAGUUGUAGAUGUCCACGAGCUGUUCGAUCUGCUGGCGUCCACGUGCGAACUAGAGGAAAUCGAGAUUACGAUUAGGUGUGUAAUGACCGCAAGAUGGGAGCCCAACUCGCUGGCACCCCCACCCAGGCCGUCCCUGAAGCGGCUUCACUGUAUACGCCCAGAUACUCACCCCUUCAACCUCUUCAUGCUGAAAGCUCACGCCGCCACUCUUGAGGAGUUCCACUUCUCGCCUUGGGGGGAGUGGCUGCCUCUGCCCAGCAUGCCCAACCUCCGCGAGCUCGAGGCUUGCGCGUUCUCCGGGAUGGCUGCCUUGGCGACGUGCACGAAGCUGCGGAAGGCCGUCCUGAACGUGUUCUGGACAGACCCCUGCGGCAAGGACGCCGAAGAGUUCCUGCGCCGCGCGCAUCAGCUACAAUCAGUCUCCCUACACUACACGAUAAGAGAGCGAGGCGACGCCCUGGACCUGGUCCUCGCCCUGGCUGGGCGCCCCGGCCAGUCCCGCUUGGAGAGGCUAGAGAUCCACGACGAGCACACCGAAUGCGCGGACUACCCUCACCUGCCGCCGCUGCUCGCCGCCCUGCCGUCGCUGACGGCCCUGCGCCACCUGGAGCUGAAUGCCGUGGUCGAGGGGCUGGCCGGGUCCAUCACCCCCGCGACGGCCCCGGCGCUGCGCACCCUCAGGCUCACCCCGGUCGCGGGGUGGAAGGGCGUGUGCGCCCACGCCCACCUCCACAAGCGCUCCGUCCAGACCCUCAUGGCGGACAACCCCUUGGUGGUGCUGCUCAUGCGCGCGCGCCACUUCUGCUUGCCUGAGAAGUACCCGUGCACGACAUGCGCCCUCGGCUGCCAUCAGGAUAUGUGCGCCGCGCAAAAGCGACUGGCGGACAACAGUCGUUGCUCUUGGGUCAACAUGAAUCAGUUUAACAUCCCUCCUAAUGAUUCACCCCCCAAUUAAUUUCUAGUAUUGAUGAUGAUUGCUAUUCUCUUCUGCCUGCUUACCUUAUCGGACGGAUCAGCGUUAUGUACUCGUUUCACACGAUUAUUGUUACCAUAGACGCCCCCAAUAAUUACUGACGCCAAUAAUAAUUCGCCUUUUAGUGUUCAUUCCAUUAAUAAAAGUUUCUUAAUU